AGUUGACCGCAACUGAAUGCAGUUCAAUUCGGUACGCAUUCGGUGAACAGGUGUCUGAGAGGCGAACGGAUUCUUCCAGGUUCCAAGGCACAGGGCUGAAAAUAUUUUGGAAUUCACCUAGCUCUUUUGCAAUGCCCAUCAACGGAAUUAACUUUUAUAUUUAAAGGUGAGACCACACUCUGGGCCGGCUGUACUUGAGAGAGACUCGUCACCAUGGACACCUGGAUAUUUCCCUCCACCCCACCGAACCUGUCCGAGCCCCUCAUGUACGACAGCUACAUCCUGGGCAACGAGACGGACCAGAAGCACAGCCCCAAUGUCACCGACCACAACUUCGACAAGACCAGCACGGUGAUCAUCACCUUCAUGUACUUUGUGGUUUGCGCCGUGGGGCUCUGCGGCAACACGCUGGUCAUCUACGUCAUACUACGCUACGCUAAGAUGAAGACCGUCACCAACAUCUACAUCCUGAACCUGGCUGUGGCCGACGAGCUCUUCAUCCUGGGCCUCCCCUUCUUCGCCAUCCAGCUGGCGAUGGUCCACUGGCCUUUCGGGCUGGUGCUCUGCCGCGUGGUCAUGACGGUCGACUCCCUCAACCAGUUCACCAGCAUCUUCUGCCUGAUGGUCAUGAGCAUCGACCGCUACCUGGCCGUGGUCCACCCAAUCAAGUCCACCAAGUGGAGGAAGCCUCGCAUGGCCAAGACCAUCAACCUGGCGGUGUGGGGGAUCUCUCUGCUGGUCAACCUGCCCAUCGUCAUCUACAGCGGGCUGAUCAUCAAGAACGAGAGCUGCUUCUGCACCAUCGUGUGGCCCGAGCCCCAGGAGGCCUACCAGACCGCCUUCAUGUUCUACACCUUCCUCCUGGGUUUCUUCCUCCCUCUGGCCGUCAUCUGCCUCUGCUACCUGUUCAUCAUCAUCAAGGUGAAGUCGUCGGGCAUCCGGGUGGGCUCGUCCAAGCGCAAGCGCUCGGAGCGCAAGGUGACGCGCAUGGUCUCCAUCGUGGUGGCGGUCUUCGUCCUCUGCUGGCUGCCUUUCUACGUCUUCAACGUGACCUCGGUGACGGGGACCAUCAGCACCACGCCGGUGCUCAAGAGCACCUUCGACUUCGUGGUGGUGCUGGGAUACGCCAACAGCUGCGCCAACCCCAUCCUCUAUGCCUUCCUGUCGGAGAACUUCAAGAAGAGCUUCCAGAACGUUCUGUGCCUGAAGAAGGUGGGCGGGCUGGACGAGGCGGAGCGCAGCGACAGUCGGCAGGACAAGUCUCGGAUGAUGAACGACGCCACGGAGACGCAGAGCACGCUGCUCAACGGCGACCUGCAGACCAGCAUCUGAGCCACGGGAGGAAGGAGGGAGUGCCCACGGAGGGUCAGCAGUCCACCCCCUUAUCUCCAAUCCCGCCCGAAAAUACGAUCCGGGGACCCGUCUGAUUGAUGCUGAAGGUCCACCAUUUCUAACCACAGCCCCAGCAAAGAGCCAGUGAUGUAUCAGAUAAACAAGAUGGGGGGAGGAGUCAGGAGGUCAGGUGGAAUCCCUUUCUCUCUGACCAAAAAAAAACAUUCAAUACUUUAAAGCAUAACAAGGAUCUUUCCUAAGACUCCAAGUCAGACACAGGGAAACCCCAACUUCCUCCCUACAUCCCUGGUGACUGUCACCUGAUUUCAUCACUCUGAACACCUGGUUCUCAGCUCAUGUUUUUUGGAGGAGCGAAAGAAGAUUUGAAAAAGCCAAGCUCAAGAGAGGUGGUGCCAUUUCCUCGUAAAAAUAUUGAAAGGAUCACAGACUUACUUUGAUGGGGUUUCCGUGGGAGGUCUUCUGAUCGGGGCCCAUUUUGAUUGGUUGGUACCGGGGCAGAGGAGAUGAAGAAUUCUCAAUCUCCUCCUCCGUUUCAGGGCAGUGCUCAUUGUCAAAGGUGCUGAAACAAAUCAAAGUCACCAUGAGGAGGAUGCUGACACCUUACCUAUAUUUCAACCGUAUCUCUUCUAUUUCCUGUUUACUUAUGAUUGGUCAACUUAAGGUUAGAUGUAUGCAUUUCAGACACAUGCAUCUGAGACGACUGAGAUAUACAUGCAUUUAAUUUCAAGUUCUUUAACCAUUCCAUGAAAGUGUGUCCUGUUUUAGCAACAACAUUAAAAAAGGAAUGCGUUUUUUGGGUAAGAUGAGACAAAAGAUUGAAAUGUUUCAGGUAUACUGCCUUUAUAGUUAGUUGGUUUUACUCUUUCAAAGAGCAAAAGGCAUCUGUGGUUUGGAAGUUCUUGCUCCUACUACACCGACCCAACCUGUGUUUCAUGCUCUUCGGUUACCUCUGAACAUGGAGCUUGGCUUUGCUCUCCCAACCAAGGGCAGAGAUGACUGAUAAGACCGGCAUCUCACUGAGAUCAAGGCAGGAGCUCUGAUACAGUACAAACAAGCCUUAGCAGCAAUUUUAAGGAAAAUAUAUUUAAGGAUUUCAGCACACAUUACCCACCACCGUUCUUCAUGAUAACUUUUAAAUCAGUCCUCUGUUUUACUGAUGCCUAGGUGGAAUUAAUGCUUUCAUGUGUAAUUACAAGAUGAGAAGCAUUUUAGUGGCUAUCUGUUCAGACUUAACAAUCCCUUCGAUAACAGCAGUGCUGUAAUGAACCACGAAUAUUAAUUUGCGAUUGAAAGGCGUUAGAACCAUCUGUGUCACAUCUUUCCCACGGCACAGCUUGCGAUUUCAAGGCAGAGACUGUUAGGCGUACUGGCCAGCAUUUAGGCAGUCUGGCUAUAGGAUUAUAGACCUUUUCCAGACAUGGACCUCUUUUGCAAGACCACCAAAACAUGGCUGUCUAUCAGUGGUCCUUGCUGCUACGCGGAGGAAAUGAGACUGAAUAUGGCAGCAUGCCGUUUCCUCAAACACGUCGACAUGAAUCCGGUUUUGCAGGCUCACCUUCAGGUUUUCCCUGGUCGAAUUAACUUGACGUGGCCAGUUUUUGAAGUACACCUCCAUGCCAUGAGUUCCAUGGAAUUCUGGGAAGUGAGACGUGAGAACAGGACUGUUCAACCACUCUCUCACGAUGACAAAUUUACUUUUUAUUUUUAGAAUGUGUAUGCGUUUCUACUUGCGAGAAAGUUUAUGUGCGUGUUCGCACUAGUGGGAGUGUGUGUUUGUGUGCAUUUACUCAAGUGGGUGAGUGUAUACGUUUGGGCAUCUGUGUGUACGUGUUCAUGCCGGUGGGAGAGAGUGCAUGUGUGCUUGUGUUCAAAAUAGCACACGAUCCCUGGCAAUGCAUAGAACUGUGGUUACAGCGUUUCGUUUAAUCACGAAGACCAUGACGUAGUAACUUGCAGUCCUGGCACAACAUUGUCACAGGCACAUACCAAACUGCUGCUAGUGUAUAGAUCUAGGUUGUUUUUUUAGAGUCCUUGCUUGUGUCCAGUUCGCAUUCUAGUGAACGGAUGUGUGAAAUAUGUUGCAUUUAUUUAGCAGUGUAAAAAAGAAUUUAACUUGAUGACGCAGAAACUAUUUCCUUUCUCCAUUUUCCAGUUCAGUAAGAAAGAUUACCUGUUGAUAUCAUUAUUACUAUUAUUAUAUAUUAAUAACAAUAUAAUCUCUGUCAUUAUGAAUACAAAUAGGUAUUGUAUUUAAGAAAGCAGCAUAUUUUACAACUGAGAUGCUUUUUGUAUUUGCGAUUUGUAAGAAUGAAGUACUGUUGAAAUGUCUGUCAUUUAUAUCCGGUGAGCAGAUUGUGUAAAUGAAAAGAGAAAGUGUUCUGCAGAUAAGGCCGGGGAGAGGCGAUUAACGCCGCGGUGCGUUCAGUUCACCACACCCGCUCGAACUGGAGCAGUGCGUUGGGGAGUCCCCGGACGGGACGCCUCGAAACCUGAGCGUUGCGCAGAUGAAACCAUGACCGCCUUCUGGGGUCUCCGUGGUAACCUGUGAGGCGUUCCAUUAAAUGAGACAUUUGUGAAGGGCUAGAACACACACCCCUUUGGGUGAAGCGUUCCUAAUUACCCCCCUCCCCUCCAAACACACACACACACACACACACACAC